GCUUAAGAGGGAAUUCGCACAUCGCGAGCACACAACUUCGACUCCGUAGAGACAAACCUAUAGCAUCACCACGACUCCGGACUAAUACCCAUCCUGCGAGCAUUUCAGAAGCCAGAAAUUGCCCGUCAUGCCUGAGAAGUCCCACCGCCUCUACGUGAAGGGCAAGCACAUCUCGUACCAGCGUGGCAAGCGCAACACCACCCCAGGGACAUCCCUUCUCAAGUUGGAGGGCGUGGACAACACCGAGGCGGCAAACUGGUACUGCGGCAAGCGAGUCGCCUAUGUGUACCGCGCUCACCGAUCGGUCCGGGGCUCCAAGAUUCGCGUUAUCUGGGGCAAGAUCACUCGACCACACGGUAACAGCGGCGUGGUGAGGGCCAAGUUCCGAUCAAAUCUCCCACCGAAGAGCUUCGGUGCCUCCGUCCGCGUCAUGCUUUACCCUUCUUCGAUAUAAUUUCAUCACCUUGGCUUGGGGAAGGGGGGAGGGGAUGGUGGACGAGUGACGGUGCGUUUGGCGACGUGGCGCAACCGGCAGCGGGACGAGAGAUGACUGGAGGC